AUGGCGGCCGAGUCCCACAGGCGACUGAAGUUUUUAUGGAUUGUCGCAUGCGUCGGAGUAGUAGCUAUUCUUUGCUUUCUGUACGUCAAACGAGGCCCUGUGAAACACAUCGACCCGGUGAAGCCUGCGGCUUCUUGGGGGUACGGACCCGAGAAUGGAGCUGGUGCUACAACACCCAAUACGACCUCCAACACCGAAACAUCCGGCUCUACAAAUCGUAGCUACGGUUAUUUACUGUCUUCGACUAUCGCACAGCAAAGUUCAGGAGCUCUGUCCGGCUAUGGUGACAUAGCCGCUCUGGCAGGUUACCUCGACUUGUCAACUAUUGAGCCGUAUGUUGUUGGAAACUAUUUGAAAGGGAUCCCAACACAAGAAGAAAAAGGCAGGGCCAUGCCACUCAGCACUUUCUACGACUUUGAGAAUUUGCAGUAUAAAAUAAAGUCGUGCUUGAACAAAAAGAAGAGUGUCCUUGAGAUGUCCAGUUUUGAACAAUUUAUCACAAAAACAUCUUCUGCCGUCAUCUACGCUCAUGUUCUUCAUGACCUUGGAAAGUUCAAGUCAAAAUUUUCCGAUGGUAAGCAGAAGAUUGUAGAAAUUGACAAGAAUGAUGGCUCAGCAAAGAACGAUGUGAACAGGCUAAACGAUUGGGCAGCUUACGUCUCAAAAGAACACAAUGUGCGGUCUGUUAAAUUUAAGAUUAAGCAGGUCUUUGUUAUAGAUGCACGACCAAAAGUUCCCUUAAAAAUGCUAACGACGAUACAGGACGUAUUGGGUUCUGCCAUCCAUAAGCAAUUUUCAAUGAAUGGCUCAGUUACACUUAUGUUUAACUUUUGGCGUGCUAUUCACCCUAAGCCAGACGGUAGCUACUUCUACUACGUUCCAAACUUUUAUAACCCAUGUGAUCACCUGUACAACAUGAAUAAUAGCCAGGCUGUCAUUAAGGCAUCUCAGGCUUUUAGUCGACACCUGAACGACUCUGAAACUGCACCUAGAAUCGGUGUUCAUAUUCGUGCAGAGAGACUGUUUUUGAAAUUGAAAGGGAAUUUUGUAAAAUGCCUUAAAGAACUUGACGAUACGAUUAAAAUUGUUAUGAAAAACUUUAAAACCACUCCACAAGUUCGUGUGAUUAUCGACUUAGGCAAGUAUGGUACAACGGGCUGCAAGGCAAAUUAUUGCUCAAGCUGUUUACUAUGA